CCUCAAACUUUUCAUCUGGCCCAACCCUUGAACCCUAGGGUAAAUCUAGCCGAUCCAUGCACGUGCUUGUAUACACCUGUCCUGGACGCCCCUCGCUCUUCAGACCAACUUGCUAUUUGUCUUCCUAACUAGUUGUCGUACCUGUAAAUGCAUGUCAUUUCACAAAACACCACAGUCGAAUACGAUUCCAUGCUAAUACUAUCUACUUCCUUCAUGAUCAUAUCUAUUCUUUCUCCACUAUAUUGCACGUAACCACUUUAUAUCACGUUUCUUUUUUUUUUGCCCGUUCGCUUAAUCGACAGUAUCCUUUCUACUAAAGUCGAAUUUUACCACCGAGAUUUGUAAAACCGGCAACAUCACGCAGUUUAAGUCAGGCGACCUGAAAGCACGCGUUUAUUCCCCGUCUUGUGUUUUAACCUCAAUGUUAAUUGGCAGGCCGAUUCUGAACGUAGUUUGUGUCCAAUUCCCUCUAUGGAGCAAUUCAAACCGAGUCCAUUGCCAAGAGCUGCACAAUGGAACACCCGGCCGUGACUUCACAUCUAACAGCCCCUCUCGCAUGGGCACCUGCUAAGAUCCUUACCGGUACAGAAAACAAUCCGUUCCAAAAGUACCUGUCCUGGCAUUCGAAUGAUGCUGGAAUGAUAGAUCACUGAAAAGCAAGAUGAAUAAUCCAUAUCUCCUGCCUUGACUGUCAUUACUGCAAAAGACAACAUGGACAAAAGCUAAUCCAAGGAACUCAAAACAGAAAACUUGCUGCAGAAAGAAAUGUGAACCAUGGACAUACCUAUUCCUACAAGUUCUGAUCACUUUGUGCUGUCUUUACAACAGUUAUUUAGUUUAUAAUAUUUUCGCUUAGUAAUUCAUUCAAUAAUAUUUUCUAGUUAGAAUUAGAAGUGUUUAAAGUAUAUUCAUUACAUGUAAAAUAUAUCGGCAUGCGAUGACGUCACAUCCGGUUUCGCCGCGUCUUGUGGGAAAAUACCGGUUUGAAAUUAGCGCGAGGGUGGGGGCUUUCCACGAGGCUCACCUGAGCAGAAGUUGUUUUGCAGGCAUGAGAAAUCACAGUGAGAGCAACGCUGUAAGUUAAUAGAUAAUUGAUAUAUUGAACUAAGAUGCUAAUGCCGAUCCUGUUAGAAGUAACGACGGUAGAUAAUGUUUAUGCUUUCGUUAGUUAAAGAGUCGCGGAUAGUUUGCAUGGAAGUGUAUUUAAAGUAGUCAAUGGAGCAGGUAAACUCUCCCUGUAUACUGCACCUUAGUGUAAUGUAGUUAUAGUCAUCUUUGCAAGUAUUUACACUUGAAAUGUGAUAUUAAGGAAGGAACAAAUACUGUAUCAAUCUUGUAUUGUUUUAUCAACAGUUUUCACCAUAUGUUAAUGUGAAGAGUGAACAGUAAAUGGUUAAUCUUACUGCGAUCUGGUUCUUAUUAACUGGUUUAUCUCCGACGUUAAAUUCGGCGUUCGUUACACGCGAAGGAGAACGUUACAGUGAAAAAGCGGCAUUAUCAGGUGUUUCAAGUGCUGCAAUGUCAGCUCAAUCCAGCAUCAAGUCGACGCCGCCCAGCGACAAGGGCGGUAAACCGACAUCAAGUAAGUCCACCCAGGCAAGAGCCAAGGCAGAAGCCGCCAAGGUGCCAAACAAGAAGCAGUUUUGAAAAUGAAACAGGCCACCAGAGAAGCCGAAAUCCAGAAAGAAAAGGCUGCCAGAGAAGCCGAAGCGGCCGCCCGAGAAGCCGAAAUCCAGAAAGAAAAGGCUGCCAGAGAAGCCGAAGCGGCCGCCCGAGAAGCCGAAAUCCAGAAAGAAAAGGCUGCCAGAGAAGCCGAAGCGGCCGCCCGAGAAGCCGAAAUCCAGAAAGAAAAGGCUGCCAGAGAAGCCGAAGCGGCUGCCAGAGAAGCCGAAGCGGCCGCCCGAGAAGCCGAAAUCCAGAAAGAAAAGGCUGCCAGAGAAGCCGAAGCGGCCGCCCGAGAAGCCGAAAUCCAGUUGGAAAUGGCAAAAAUAUCGACAGAGUUGCAAGUGCUGCAGCUAGAAAGAGAAGAAGAAGUUGCCAUGGCGGAAGCAAAGUACAUAGAAGAAGCUGAAGGGUCGCGUGAUCUGACCGCAGUAAGAUCUACUUUAGAAAGGACCAGACUGGAACACACAAGCGACUAUGUACAAUCUCAAAUAGACAGGCAGGCUCGUCUCCCCUCUCCAUACGUAUUCGAUAACUUCCCCAGCUACGAGGAACCUCAGAGAGUCACGAUUGCAUCACAUCCAUACGAGGAAGGAAAUUUACCCUCACGGCUCCGUGAUGAAGUCAAGAAUGAAAGAACCGACAACGCUCCUUCACCCCCACAACAGGACGGCGGGGAGGGAGAGGUUCACUCCAGGACAACAAUUGUCAGCUCGAACUGUACAGAAGUUUGCGGUCAAACUCAGUCAAGCCGUUCUUGUUCCGAGAUCUGCCUCACUGAGGUGUACCCUAAAGAAGCACAACAAGACAUUACCAAGCGUAAAGUAACCGACGAGACGCUAGGUCAGUCAGUUUUCAUUCAAACCGAGCACGGAAACAAACUUGCACAAUCAGCUCAAGAUACCAUUUCUUUAAAACCCAAAGACACCAAGGUCUUCAGAGAUGAAGCAAAUAAUGGGGUUGCCCCAUUGCCUUUCAGAGAACCACGCCAGCACUCACCAGAUAACAAAGAGCAGGCAGUCAAACGGUUCACGUCCUUACGGAAAACCCAGAAAAGGAAACCUGAGAUGCAGCAACGCACCCGAUUGGCCCACGAGGUACUGUGCACCCUAAUGGCAGAGGUCACAGCCAUUAUAAACGCACAAUCAUUCCUACCUGUGUCUUCUGACCCAGAAAACCCCUUUAUACUUUCGCCAUCAACGCUCCUUACGCAGAAGGCAGGAGCACCUCCUCCACCAGGAGACUUCUCAGACAAGGAUUUGUACACAAAGCAAUGGAGACAAGUCCAGGCUCUGGCAAAUCAGUUCUGGCCUCGCUGGAGACAAAAAUAUCUACCUUUGUUGCAACAGAGACAAAAGUGGACAGAACCCCACGGGAAUCUUCAAGUUGGAGACUUAGUCCUGCUCAGGGACAAGCAAAUCGCUCACAACAGCUGGCCAACGGCCAGAAUCACUGUUACAUUCCCUAGCGGGGAUGGACAUGUCAGGAAGAUCGAAUUGAAGACUACCGACCAAGGCGAUGUGAAAAUUUACCAAAGGCCAGUUACAGAAGUUAUUCUACUUCUACCCAAUGACUGAUUAAGAGACUAAGUUUGUACUCUGCUCAUUGUGACCUUACGAAGGUCAAGCGGGGAGUGUGCUGUCUUUACGACAGUUAUUUAGUUUAUAAUAUUUUCGCUUAGUAAUUCAUUCAAUAGUAUUUUCUAGUUAGAAUUAGAAGUGUUUAAAGUAUAUUCAUUGCAUGUAAAAUAUAUCGGCAUGCGAUGACGUCACAUCCGGUUUCGCCGCGUCUUGUGGGAAAAUACCGGUUUGAAAUUAGCGCGAGGGUGGGGGCUUACCACGAGGCUCACCUGAGCAGAAGUUGUUUUGCAGGCAUGAGAAAUCACAGUGAGAGCAACGCUGUAAGUUAAUAGAUAAUCGAUAUGUUGAACUAAGAUGUUAAUGCCGAUCCUGUUAGAAGUAACGACGGUAGAUAAUGUUUAUGCUUUCAUUAGUUAAAGAGUCGCGGAUAGUUUGCAUGGAAGUGUAUUUAAAGUAGUCAAUGGAGCAGGUAAACUCUCCCUGUAUACUGCACCUUAGUGUAAUGUAGUUAUAGUCACCUUUGCAAGUAUUUACACUUGAAAUGUGAUAUUAAGGAAGGAACAAAUACUGUAUCAAUCUUGUAUUGUUUUAUCAACAGUUUUCACCAUAUGUUAAUGUGAAGAGUGAACAGUAAAUGGUUAAUCUUACUGCGAUCUGGUUCUUAUUAACUGGUUUAUCUCGACGUUAAAUUCGGCGUUCGUUACACGCGA